AUAUAUGGUGGAGACAUUUGAAUCCAACAAAAAAUAUAUAUAUCUCUCUCUCUCUCUCUCUCUCUCUCUCUCAAGACUUCAGGCAUUCAUUCUCUGCUAGUCAUCAUUUAUAGCAGAGUGUGGAGUCUGCGAAUUGAUUAAAACCCUUUUAGCUUCGGAUCGAUCUAUUACGAGCUCUCACUAUCAGUGAGCUUUCAGGUUGCUAUCCCUGGCAUAUUAUGGGCUCUAAGCAUAACUCAUCAGGCAACAGAGCUCGAGGUCCGGUGUCUAUAUUGAUUGUUCUUGGUCUGUGCUGUUUCUUUUAUGUACUGGGAGCAUGGCAGAGAAGUGGUGCUACAAAGGGAUUUAUAACCGGUAUUGGAAGGGGAGACAAGAUAGCCGAACAAAUAACCAAGCAAACAGAUUGUGAUGUCUUUCCCACACUGAACUUUGAAACUCAUCACAAUGAUGUUCCGAUAAUUGACUCUGUGGAGCCAAAAUCCAAAGUGUUUAAGCCAUGUGAUUUACAAUACACUGAUUAUACUCCUUGCCAGGAACAGGACCGGGCUAUGAGCUUCCCAAGGGAAAAUAUGAUAUACAGAGAAAGGCAUUGUCCACCAAAAGAGGAAAAGUUGCAUUGUCUUAUUCCAGCACCCAGAGGAUAUGUGACUCCAUUUUCCUGGCCAAAAAGCCGAGACUAUGUCUAUUAUGCCAAUGUUCCUUAUAAAAGCUUGACUGUUGAGAAGGCUGUCCAGAACUGGGUAGAGUUCCAGGGUAAUGUGUUCAAAUUUCCAGGUGGAGGAACAAUGUUCCCUCAAGGCGCAGAUGCAUAUAUUGAUGAACUUGCAUCAGUGAUUCCAAUUGCAGAUGGCUCUAUCAGAACAGCAUUGGAUACGGGUUGUGGAGUUGCAAGCUGGGGUGCUUAUUUGCUGAAGAGAAAUGUGUUGGCUAUGUCAUUUGCACCAAAAGACAAUCAUGAAGCACAAGUCCAAUUUGCAUUGGAGCGGGGUGUGCCUGCUGUUAUUGGUGUUCUUGGAACAAUCCGUCUUCCGUACCCAUCUAAUGCAUUUGAUAUGGCUCAAUGUUCUCGGUGUUUAAUACCAUGGACAUCAAAUGAGGGGAUGUACCUAAUGGAAAUUGAUCGAGUACUUAGACCUGGUGGAUACUGGAUCUUAUCUGGCCCUCCUAUUAAUUGGAAGACCUACUACAAGACAUGGAAACGGUCUAAGGAAGAUGUCAAGGCAGAGCAAAGCAAGAUUGAAGAGCUGGCUGAACUUCUUUGCUGGGAGAAAAAGUAUGAGAAAGGAGAUAUUGCCAUCUGGAGGAAAAAAGUGAAUGCCAAAUCCUGCCAAAGUCAGUCUGCCAAUAUUUGUAAAUCGAAGGACGCUGAUGAUGUCUGGAACAAGCAAAUGGAGGCAUGCAUAACUCCCUUCCCUGAGGUUACCAGUGCAAAUGAAGUAGCAGGAGGAGAAUUGAAGAAGUUUCCAGCUAGGCUAUUUGCGGUCCCUCCUCGAAUAGCUAAGGGAUCUGUUCCAGGGGUCACAGUUGAAACUUACGACGAAGACAAUAAAAAUUGGAAAAAGCACGUAAAUGCUUAUAAAAGGAUCAAUAGUUUAAUAGGCACUACAAGAUAUAGGAACAUAAUGGAUAUGAAUGCAGGCCUUGGAGGUUUCGCAGCAGCACUAGAAUCACCAAAAUCAUGGGUUAUGAAUGUUGUGCCUACCAUUGCUCAGAAUACUCUAGGUGUUAUUUAUGAGAGGGGUCUAAUUGGCAUAUAUCAUGACUGGUGUGAAGGUUUCUCUACUUAUCCAAGGAGUUACGAUCUCAUUCAUGCUAAUGGUGUAUUCAGCUUGUAUGAGAACAAGUGUAAACUUGAAGACGUCCUUUUGGAGAUGGAUCGUAUUUUGCGGCCUGAAGGGGCAGUCAUAUUCCGCGAUAAAGUUGAUGUCCUCAACAAGGUGAAGAAAAUUGUUGGUGGCAUGAGAUGGGAAGCCAAAAUGAUGGACCAUGAGGACGGCCCUUUGGUGCCUGAAAAGAUACUUGUGGCCGUCAAACAAUAUUGGGUUGGCAGUGCAGGAAACAGCACAUCUAAUGAUCAGUGAACCGUGGCGGUUUUCGGGUAUGGAAGUGUACGAAUGAUUUAUGACAAAAUGGUGAAAUUGAAGUGCUUUGUGGUGGAGGGGGUUCAAAGAGUCCUGUCCUCGGAGAUGGCAUAGGUAAGUUAAUUUCAUAUUAAAGUUAAUUUAUAUAUGUUAUUGUUGAUUUAGAGCAUAUUUAUGUAAAAUUUGAAAUUCUCGAUAGUGAUUUUGGAUGCGUGAUUUUUGAGGGAAGUGAAGAAGAAAUAUUUGUAGGUGUAUGAAUAAUUAGGGUAAAGGAUGUUUAAAUUGAUGUUAAAUAAUUAUGAUGUUAAUUAGCUUUCCCUUCU